CUCCCUGCAAUCAGAACACACCCAACCAAAAAUUACACAAACCCAAUCAAAAUGCAGGCAGCUUUGUGCUUUGCCCCCACCCUUCUCCCUCUCACACCCUCCAGGAACUUUGCUACACCUGCAAGUUCUUCCCCUCCAAAGUUAGCCACCUCACUCACUUCCCGCCGUCCGCCAAUCAAAGCAGCUGCCGCGGCCUACGACUCUUCUACAGUUGAUUACAACUCCAUGACCUCUGUGUUUCCAGCAGAAGCCUGCGAUGUAAUUGGUGGAGAAGCCUGCUUGGCAGAUUGUUAUCCAGAAGUGAGGCUCAAACAGGAGGCUAGAAAUAGGGCCGCAAGAACUGCUUCUGAAGUCACUGAGCGAGACUAUUACGAGUACAAUGAUGCAAAAACGGUGUUCCGGGCAGAGGCUUGCGAUGAUCUUGGAGGACUUUUCUGUGAGCGUGAGUAUCAGAGGGGCGUCUACUAGAAGAAGAAUAAGUCUGCAUUAUCAGGGAAACAAGAAGAAAAUUUUCAAUUUCAUGUUUUGAUUGUAUAUAUACUUGGUAUUGCUUGGAUGUAUAACCACAUGUAAUUUCCUGAUAAGAAGGAUAUUUGAUCUUUAGAAA